AUGGUGCUCUCUCACGCCGUAUCUGAGUCAGAUGUCUCCGUCCACUCCACAUUCGCAUCACGAUACGUCCGUACUUCACUUCCCAGGUUCAAGAUGCCGGAAAACUCGAUACCGAAAGAAGCGGCGUAUCAGAUCAUCAACGACGAGCUGAUGCUUGAUGGGAAUCCAAGGUUAAACUUGGCCUCCUUCGUGACCACGUGGAUGGAGCCUGAAUGUGAUAAACUCAUCAUGUCCUCCAUUAACAAGAACUAUGUCGACAUGGACGAGUACCCUGUCACCACCGAACUCCAGAACCGAUGUGUGAACAUGAUUGCACACUUAUUCAAUGCACCGUUAGGAGAGACGGAGACCGCCGUCGGAGUAGGGACUGUUGGAUCAUCGGAGGCCAUAAUGUUGGCCGGUUUGGCCUUCAAGCGAAAAUGGCAGAACAAGCGUAAAGCCGAAGGCAAACCCGUUGAUAAACCCAACAUUGUUACCGGAGCCAAUGUUCAAGUGUGUUGGGAGAAAUUCGCUAGGUACUUUGAGGUUGAGCUUAAGGAAGUGAAACUAAGUGAAGGAUAUUAUGUGAUGGACCCGGAGAAAGCUGUUGAGAUGGUCGAUGAGAACACCAUAUGUGUUGCGGCCAUUCUUGGUUCCACUCUUAAUGGAGAAUUCGAAGAUGUUAAACUCUUGAAUGAUCUCUUGGUCGAAAAGAACAAAGAAACCGGAUGGGAUACACCGAUCCACGUGGAUGCGGCUAGCGGAGGAUUCAUCGCACCAUUUUUGUAUCCGGAAUUGGAAUGGGACUUUAGAUUGCCGUUGGUGAAGAGCAUAAAUGUGAGUGGUCACAAGUACGGGCUUGUGUACGCAGGAAUUGGUUGGGUGAUUUGGAGAAACAAAGAGGACUUGCCUGAGGAACUUAUCUUCCAUAUCAAUUAUCUUGGUGCUGACCAACCCACUUUUACUCUCAAUUUCUCCAAAGGUUCGAGUCAAGUCAUAGCUCAAUACUACCAACUUAUCCGAUUGGGAUAUGAGGGUUAUAGAAAUGUGAUGGAGAAUUGCAGAGAGAAUAUGAUCGUGCUGAGGGAAGGACUUGAGAAGACAGAAAGGUUCAACAUCGUAUCAAAGGACGAGGGAGUGCCACUUGUCGCUUUCUCCUUGAAAGAUAACAGCUCUCACACUGAGUUCGAAGUCUCCGACAUGCUUCGCAGGUAUGGAUGGAUAGUGCCGGCCUACACAAUGCCUCCAAAUGCACAACACAUCACUGUUCUUCGAGUGGUCAUCAGAGAAGAUUUCUCGAGAACACUCGCAGAGAGACUUGUGAUUGAUAUUGAGAAAGUGAUGUGUGAGCUAGAUGAGCUUCCAUCUCGAGUGAUGCACAAAAUUUCACUAGGAGAAGAGAAGAGUGAAGCUAACAGUGAUAACUUGAUGGUUACAGUGAAGAAAAGCGACAUGGAUAAGCAGAGGGAGAUCAUCAAAGGCUGGAAGAAGUUUGUUUCCGAAAGGAAGAGGACGAAUGGUAUCUGUUAA